GUAGGUGCUAGGUAGGUGGCUACUGUGUCGUGGUAGGGGGUGCUCGAGGGGUUUCGGAAAGUGCAACAGUGUCGUGGUACGAGGCCGGGCAGGACGUUAUAAGGUGCGCAGGCGCCGGCGCAGGACUAGUGCUUGUCCAACCAACACAUUGAUAACAUGAAGGCUGCUCUGUGCGUCGUCCUGCUGGUCGCGGCCCUCGCGUCCGCUGCCGAGGAGAAGAAGAACGAGAAGCGCGGCUUGCUGGGCCUCGGGUACGGCGGCGGCUUCGGGCACGGGUACUACGGGCACGGGCUCGGCCUGUACUCGCACAGCGCGCCCAUCGUCAGCCACAGCGCGCCCAUCAUCAGCCACGGGUACGGGUUCGGCGGCUACGGAGGCUACGGCGGGCUGGGCCACGGCUACGGCCUGGGGCUCGGGCACGGCGUGAUAGCGUCCGCGCCCGUCGUGUCGCACGGGUACUCCGCCCCGCUGCUCGCCGGCCACUACGGCGCGCCGCUGCUGGGGCUCGGCCACGGCUGGCAUUGAGCCCGCGCCUAACAUAAGUCUCUGUGAAUGUACCUUUAGUGCCAAAUUACUAAGUCUGCCUGGUGGGUGAAUUGACGCAAAAUUAUUACUUAUCAAUAAAUGUUUCUGGUGUGA